AUGAAAGAAUUAUCAUUAUUCGACAAUGAAGAAAAUCUAACUUACACUCUCGAAGUUUCUGAUGAUGAAUUUGACAAAAUUAUUAAUGAAAAUGAUUUAGCUUUGGCGACCACACUUUUGGAGAAACAUAAGGAGAAAACAAAUCUAUUAGCUGCUUUCAAGAUAGUUUUGUCCAAAAACUCGCCUAACAAUACUACGUGUCCUAAUAAAGAGCUAGAUCAGGCCGAGGAUCAGGCUUCAUCCUCACAUGUGGUUGAAGAUUUGAAUGAUGAAGUUUUUCACAAUAAUAAUAAUGAUGUGGCUUCAACUGAAACUUUAAAAGAAAGUAGACUGUGGACAUUCGAGUCAACAAAAUAUUUAAUACAGUUGUGUGAGAAAUAUGACGAGGACUUUCAAAGAGGAGUUAAAAGAUUUGUCUGGAAUAAGGUUUCUAGAGAACUUGAAGAAAAAUUUAAUCAAAAAUAUUCACCACAGCAAUGUGAUACAAAAUUUAAAGGAUUGAAAAACAUGUACAAACAGGUAAAGAAGCAUAAUGAGCAGUCUGGAAAGAGCUUUAAAGCGUGGGAAUAUUUUAAACUAAUGCAUAAGCUGUUGUACUCGAAACCCGAGAUAAACGCAAUAGCUACAUGUUCCAGCAAAAGUGGCCUGAUUAUAAAUCGUACGCCACAAACUCCUACUUCUGAUGAGAUUGAUGAAAGAUUAGAUACAGAGGAACCUAUUCCAUCAGGAAGCAAAACCACACCCACAUAUAAAUCUUCCUUUAUGCGUAAAAGAAAAAAUAUAGAAAACGCUGUCGAAAGAAGACAUAAGGAGAAAUUGGAAAGACAAGAUAGAUAUUUGGCUAUAUUGGACAGGUUGGCAACAGCAGUUGAGAACAGUACAUCAAAUGACCCGAACAAGCAAACUGAGGGCACCAGUAGAGAUUCAAAUUCAGAAACUCCUCAUUCAGCCAAAAGAUCGCGUUCCAAUGUUCAAAGUGAGCAAGCUGAGGAUGUGACCGAUUUUGAUCCUGGUGAGGGCACCAGUAGAGAUUCAAAUUCAGAAACUCCUCAUUCAGCCAAAAGAUCGCGUUCCCAUGUUGAAGGGAGAAAAAGCUAUAAAGCUGCCUUAAAUGAAUAUAGUGAAAAAUUGCUUGAAAAGCAAGGAACCCUUAUUAAUAAUACAAUAACCAAGAUGUUAGAUUCACAGAAAGAAAUGUUAGAAACAGCUUACCGUGAACAGAGACAAUGGGAGUUAGAAAUGUUAGAAAAAGAACAAGAAUUCCAACGAAAACAGACUGAAACCAUGAUGCAGAUGUUUACACAAUGCAUUCAGUCUUUGAGACCACCUACUGUGAGCAACCUUGGUCCUUUGAGAUUGGUUAACCUAACGUCACAAAGGAACUUGAAAGAUGCUGAAGUGGAAAAACAGAACAAGGAAUUAAAAUAA